AUGCUGCUGAAGAUGAAGAGCGGUUUGCGGUUUUGUCUGCCCUGCGCGCGGGGGCCGGAGGACACCCCACCACCGUGCCCACCGCCGUCGUGCCCACCGGUGUCCGGCGCCGCGCGCCCGGGGCGUCUCGGCUGCCGGCGGAGCCACGAGGUGGCACCAGCCCCGCGUCCCCACGGUGCUUCCCCACCUCCCGGCGGAGCAAAUCCAUCUUUCCCUCCCCGCCACGCCGCCAGGCAUCACGCCACGGGCCCCCGCGUGGCCGGCAGCCUCCGUCCUUGCUCUCCGACACCCCAAAUCCCUUGGGGAUCGGCUGACGGCCGGCGAUCCGGCAUCCUCCUGGCCCCAGAAACCCAGCCAGAGAGACCAGAUUUAGGGUUUUUUUUACUGAGAUUUGGGCGAUGCCGGGUUUGCCGUCGGAGCGCACCGGGCCGGCCACGUGCGGAGGAAGUAUUCGGUUACCGGCUCGGCGUGAGCGCACACUUGGGUUUCAGUGCCGGCCCUUGUUUACAGCCUGUUUUUGGGGCCGGAGCGGCGAAGGAAGAAGCACUGGCGUCACGGCUCAGCACGGCUGGGCGGCAGCGGACUGUUUUCCAAACGAGUCUCCGGGAACCGCUCUCAGGCCAGCGACCCAAGGACAGCUGCCGGGCCAGCUUUCGCAGCCAGGACGUGACCUUCCCGGCUCCUCCGUCCGGCUCCGACCCCGUCCAGGACCCAGACGUGCCGCAGGCCAUCGGUUACACCCGGUUACACCGCCACCCACAGCCUGAGAACAGGCAACUCAUUACACCGAAUGAGGGACUCCUUCUAGGACAGCUCUGGGCUGUUUACACCCGCCGGUGCCAGCGCUGCCCAAAUGCCGUGGGUGAAGGUGCCGUUUGCCGGGGCCAGCGCUGAGCAUCCCUCCUCCUAUUCCCUCCCUAUUCCCACAGGGUCCUGGCGAUGUGUCCCCAAAAGCAAGUGGCACCAGGGACACACACGGGUGGAUUUACCCCCCCCCCCCCCCCGCUGCCUCUGCUUGCUCUUGCUACGCAGAAAAUUCAGUGCUGCAUCCCGAGAAAGCACGCAGUGCAGCCAGCCGGAGCUGCGGGAAGAUGCUCGGAGCCUGGGGAUUUGCUUUGGCCUCCCUGAUUUAGGGGGAUACAAGCUCAGCUAGCACAGGGGGAAAACCAUAAAAUAGCCAGAGGGUUUUGCUGCAGCCCCAAAAACACCAGCUCUUGGGGUGUCCAAACCCCCAGGGAAGGUGAGGUCCAUCCCUGUGGGUCCGGGCUGGGAUUUUGCUCCCGGAUCGAGGAGUUUAACCUGUUUCUCAGCCUUGGGGAAACACAGCCCCACAGAACAACAGCCUGAUUUUAGCACGGGCAGCUGAGAAGUUUACAACCCUGCAACCCCUUCCCUCGUCUGCCCUUCUCGCAGCCCCUUCCCUCAUCUAUCCGUCCCUCUCGCAGCCCUUUCUCCCUCCCCGAGCCUCAGCCCAGAGAAGAACCGAUGCCAGCGAGGUGUUUGAGCCCAGCCCGACCACGAGCCGUGGCAGGGAGGAGGAUUAUUUACCGGGCAAAAAGCCACCGCUGCCACCACCUACACAAUGCCACCCGCUCCCGGGGGGGAUUAGGUGACCAUUCAGGAGCUGCUUUGACUUAAUCUCUAAGCAAACAAACUGAUCCCUAGGAUAUUUUAUUAUUAUUAUUAUUAUUUUAUUCUUUAAGCAGAAUUCAAGGGCUGUAUCGCACUCAGGCGCGAGUGGCUCAUCACUCCCCCGCCCCCAGCCUUGCAAAACCCCCAUGGCCGAGAUGCCCUGCAGAUCCUCAGGGUAGAAAAACCUCUGCAGCUGGGGAAUUUUUGUUUUUCCUCCCUCAGAAAAGCUUUUGGGGUUCUCCCCCGCC